AAUAUUAAUGGAUUAAGGUUUAGACCCUGCAAUGUUAUAAACAGAAUUAAAGAAACAAGAUGAAGUAUCAAACUUGAGAUGUAAUUUUAGUGGGCGAAAGCCAUUAUAUUUGAUGAGGAUCUGAAUGUGAUAACUCAAAAGAACUGUGCAGCCACAAAGGAGGAAUUGGCACCAUAUUUGAAAGCCUAUGAUGUGAGAGACAACACAAUUGGAGCAGGCUUUGUAUUAUUAGGAGAACAUUAUGAAGUUCACAGAUGGCAUCCUCCUCUGAUUUAUGGAAGAAGAGGAGAUGCAGAUGUAGGAGAAGGAAUCUCAUUGGCAAGAGUAAGAGAAUUAAAUUUAGUAUUGAAUAGGGAAUUUGCAAAAAGCUCAAUGGGAAGAGGGUUUUAUUAUUGAUAACCUAUGAAUUGCCGAUAGUGAGUGCAAGAGCUGUGCCUUAACAAAUAAACUUUUAUAAUCAAUUCAUUGGUGAAUUAGAGAAAUUCGAUAUUAAGUAACAAUGAGAAUGAAUAUUAAA